UGUAAAAGGGGGCAAUCAAAGGCAAUGGAAAAGACUGAGGAGCUUAUAUCCCAGUAACAUAUCCUGGUGACAGGCUAGAUUUUCCAGUUCCCUGUGAUUUGAUCAGCCUUGAGAGGAAUUUGACAGAAGAUGUCACAACAUUUUCACUUCUGGAAAUGGUUAGCUUCAGGAAUUAUCCUUGGUUCCCUCUUCAAAAUCGGCUCUGGACAGUAUGAUGAUGACUGGCAAUAUGAGGAUUGCAAACUAGCUCGGGGAGGACCUCCAGCCACCAUAGUUGCUAUUGAUGAAGAGAGCCGGAAUGGUACGAUUCUGGUGGAUAACAUGCUGAUCAAAGGAACCGCUGGAGGACCAGACCCCACCAUAGAACUCUCUUUAAAGGACAACUUGGACUACUGGGUGUUGUUGGAUCCUGUUAAACAAAUGCUUUUCCUGAACAGCACAGGCAGAGUUCUGGAUAGAGAUCCACCAAUGAACAUACACUCCAUCGUGGUGCAAGUCCAGUGCAUCAACAAAAAGGUGGGCACUGUUAUCUACCAUGAAGUCCGGAUCGUGGUGAGAGACAGGAAUGACAACUCACCCUCAUUCAGGCACGAGAGCUACUAUGCCACAGUGAAUGAGCUCACUCCAGUUGGUACCACAGUAUUUACAGGAUUUUCAGGAGACAAUGGAGCUACAGACAUAGAUGACGGCCCAAAUGGACAGAUAGAAUAUGUUAUUCAAUAUAAUCCAGAUGAUGCGGCAUCAAAUGACACCUUUGAAAUUCCCCUCAUGUUGACUGGAAAUGUAGUGUUAAGGAAGAGGCUCAACUAUGAAGAUAAGGCUCGCUACUUCGUUAUCAUCCAAGCAAAUGACCGCGCACAAAAUCUAAAUGAACGGCGAACCACCACCACCACCCUCACAGUGGAUGUUCUGGAUGGAGAUGACUUGGGUCCAAUGUUUCUUCCUUGUGUCCUGGUGCCAAAUACUCGUGAUUGUCGUCCACUCACCUAUCAAGCUGCCAUACCUGAGAUGAGGGCUCCGGCUGAACAGGACAAUGGUCAUCCUCUUCCAGCAUUUGCGAGUCUACAUAUUGAAAUAUUGGAUGAAAACAAUCAGAGCCCAUAUUUCACAAUGCCCAGUUAUCAAGGCUAUAUCCUGGAAUCUGCUCCAGUGGGAGCAAUUAUUUCUGACAGUCUAAAUUUGACCACCCCUCUAAGAAUUGUAGCUCUGGACAAGGAUAUAGAAGAUACAAAAGACCCAGAGCUUCACCUUUUCCUGAAUGAUUACACCUCUGUCUUCACCAUCACACAGACUGGUAUCAUUCGCUUCCUCACCUUACUUCAACCAGUAGACAGGGAAGAACAGCAAACUUACACCUUUUCGAUAACAGCAUUUGAUGGUGUGCAAGAAAGUGCGCCAGUUAUUGUCAAUAUCCAGGUGAUGGAUGCAAAUGAUAACACUCCAACCUUCCCUGAAAUAUCCUAUGAUGUCUAUGUUUAUACAGACAUGAGCCCUGGGGACAGUGUCAUACAGCUCACUGCAGUCGACGCGGAUGAAGGGUCAAAUGGGGAGAUCACCUAUGAAAUCCUGGUUGGGGCUCAGGGAGACUUCAUCAUCAAUAACACAACAGGGCUUAUCGCCAUCGCUCCGGGGGUGGAAUUGAUAGUCGGGAGGACUUACGCGCUCACAGUCCAAGCAUCAGAUAAUGCUCCUCCUGCAGAGAGAAGGCACUCCAUCUGCACUGUGUACAUUGAAGUGCUUCCUCCAAAUAAUCAAAGCCCUCCCCGCUUCCCACAGCUGAUGUAUAGCCUUGAAAUCAGUGAAGCCAUGAGAAUCGGUGCAGUUCUAUUAAAUCUACAGGCAACUGAUCGAGAGGGAGACCCAAUAACAUAUGCCAUUGAGAAUGGAGACCCUCAGAGAGUUUUUAAUCUUUCAGAAACUACUGGGAUUCUAACCUUAGGCAAAGCCCUGGACAGAGAAAGCACCGAUCGCUACAUUCUGAUCGUCACUGCUUCUGAUGGCAGGCCAGACGGGACCUCAACUGCUACAGUAAAUGUGGUGGUGACAGAUGUCAAUGACAAUGCUCCGAUGUUUGAUCCCUAUCUGCCUAGAAAUCUGUCUGUGGUGGAGGAAGAAGCCAAUGCCUUUGUGGGUCAAGUAAAGGCAACAGACCCUGAUGCUGGAAUAAAUGGCCAAGUGCACUACAGUUUGGAUAACUUCAAUAAUCUUUUUCGGAUCACAUCCAACGGGAGUAUUUACACAGCAGUGAAGCUUAAUAGAGAAGUCAGGGACUACUAUGAACUUGUGGUUGUGGCAACUGAUGGAGCAGUACACCCUCGUCACACAACUCUAACACUGGCCAUAAAAGUUUUAGAUAUUGAUGAUAACAGUCCUGUGUUUACCAAUUCAACAUAUACAGUUGUUGUUGAAGAGAAUCUGCCAGCUGGAACCACGUUUCUUCAAAUAGAGGCCAAAGAUGUUGACCUUGGAGCAAAUGUGUCUUAUCGGAUAAGAAGCCCUGAAGUGAAGCACUUUUUUGCGCUACAUCCAUUUACAGGAGAACUAUCCCUGUUAAGAAGUUUGGACUAUGAGUCAUUUCCAGACCAGGAAGCAAGUAUCACUUUUCUAGUAGAAGCCUUUGAUAUUUAUGGAACAAUGCCACCUGGUAUUGCUACUGUCACAGUGAUAGUAAAGGAUAUGAAUGAUUACCCUCCCAUAUUUACUAAACGAAUCUACAAAGGAAUGGUGGCUCCAGAUGCUGUCAAAGGCACACCUAUCACAACAGUUCACGCUGAAGAUGCAGACCCUGCUGGAUUACCUGCAAGUCAUGUGAGGUAUAGAGUAGAUGAUGUUCAGUUUCCUUAUCCUGCCAGUAUUUUUGAUGUAGAAGAAGAUUCUGGAAGAGUAAUAACUCGCGUCAAUCUUAAUGAAGAACCUACGACAAUUUUUAAGUUGGCGGUUGUGGCUUUUGAUGAUGGUGAGCCUGUGAUGUCCAGCAGUGCCACAGUGAAAAUUCUCGUCUUACAUCCUGGAGAAAUCCCUCGCUUCACACAAGAGGAAUACAGACCCCCUCCAGUAAGUGAACUUGCAACCAGAGGGACUAUGGUUGGUGUAAUUUCUGCUGCAGCCGUCAAUCAGAGUAUUGUGUACUCCAUUGUUUCAGGAAACGAAGAGGAUACAUUUGGAAUUAAUAACAUCACUGGUGUUAUCUAUGUGGAUGCUCCUCUGGAUUAUGAGACAAGGACGAGCUACGUACUUCGAGUCCAAGCUGACUCCCUGGAAGUGGUCCUCGCCAAUCUCCGAGUUCCUUCGAAAAGCAAUACAGCUAAAGUGUAUAUUGAGAUUCAAGAUGAAAAUGAUCAUCCCCCGGUGUUUCAGAAAAAAUUCUACAUUGGAGGUGUAUCUGAAGAUGCAGGAAUGUUUGCCUCUGUUCUCAGAGUUAAGGCUACUGAUAAAGAUACUGGCAAUUACAGUGCCAUGGCAUACAGACUCAUAAUACCACCAAUUAAAGAGGGAAAAGAAGGAUUUGUGGUGGAAACAUAUACAGGGCUUAUCAAAACUGCUAUGCUCUUCCAUAAUAUGAGGAGAUCCUACUUCAAGUUUCAAGUCAUCGCAACUGACGAUUAUGGGAAGGGACUAAGUGGCAAAGCAGACGUACUUGUCUCUGUGGUCAAUCAGUUGGAUAUGCAAGUCAUUGUUUCCAGUGUGCCCCCUACUCUGGUGGAAAAAAAAAUAGAAGAUCUUACAGAGAUUUUAGAUCACUAUGUUCAGGAGCAAAUUCCUGGUGCCAAGGUUGUAGUGGAGUCCAUUGGUGCUCGCCGGCACGGAGAUGCAUUUUCUCUGGAAGAUUACACCAAAUGUGACUUGACUGUCUAUGCGAUUGACCCCCAAACCAACAGGGCCAUCGACAGAAAUGAGCUUUUUAAAUUUUUGGACGGCAAAUUGCUCGAUAUCAAUAAAGACUUUCAGCCAUAUUAUGGGGAAGGAGGACGCAUUCUGGAGAUCCGGACUCCAGAGGCUGUGACCAGCAUUAAAAAACGAGGAGAAAGUCUAGGCUACACCGAAGGCGCCUUGCUGGCGCUGGCCUUCAUCAUCAUUCUCUGCUGUAUUCCUGCCAUCUUGGUGGUUUUGGUCAGCUACAGACAGUUUAAAGUUCGCCAAGCGGAGUGCACCAAGACCGCGCGAAUCCAGUCGGCGCUCCCCGCGGCUAAGCCUGCGGCGCCCGCCCCGCCCGUGGCCGCGCUCCCGCCCCCGCCCCCGGCUGCACAUCUCUAUGAAGAGCUCGGGGACAGCGCAAUGAGAGGUUAUGCAUCAGAGCAGCAACAGCAGCUGCUGAGACCUUCUCUUCUUAAACCAGAGGAGUUAUCCAUGGAGUCUGGAAUUGAUCCUGGCCAGGAAUAUGGACAAGAGCAUUACAGUUAUGAGCAUGGGUAUGAAAUGCCUCAAUAUGGAAGUCGCCGUCGUUUGUUACCACCUGUUGGACAAGAGGAAUAUGGUGAGGUAGUUGGUGAAGCUGAUGAGGAAUAUGAAGAGGAAGAGGAAAAGGCCAAGGAAAUUAAAAAACCGAAAGUUGAAAUUAGAGAGCCUAGUGAGGAGGAAGUAGUUGUUACUCUGGAAAAACCACCAGCACCUGAGCCUACAUACACAACAUGGAAGAGAGCCAGGAUAUUCCCGAUGAUCUUUAAGAAAGUUAGAGGACUGGCGGACAGAAGAGAGGUCACAGGCCUGGAGGGUGAGGAGUGGCAGAGAGGCCUUGAGGAAGAAGAUAAGGAUUAUUUGAAGUUAACUCUGGACCAAGAUGAAGCUACAGAAAGCACCGUAGAGUCAGAGGAAGAAUCCUCAAGUGACUACACUGAGUACAGUGAGGAGGAGUCGGAGUUCAGUGAGUCUGAGACAACGGAGGAGGGGUCUGGGUCAGAGACACGGUCUGAGGAGGAGGAAAGUUCUACGCCUGCAUCAGAUGAGUCAGAAUCUACAGAGUCGGAAGGAGAAAAGGCAAGGAAAAACAUCUUUAUUGCAAGAAGACGACCCAUUGCUGAAGAGGUCAAGGAAGUCAAAGGCAGAAAAGAAGCAGCACCCCAAGAGCCAGAAGUGCCAAAGGUGGAAGAAGACGAGCACCCAGCGGGAGAGGACAGCGAGCUGACCGCUGAGCGGGAACCGACAGACCGUGAGUCUCAAGACGCCACUGAGGAGGGCAGUGCAGAAUCAGCUUCGGUCGAAAGCAGUUUGGAAAGUGAGGAGGAGUCAGGAUCGGUCAGCAGCAGUAGUGAAAGUCAGUCCGGAGGUCCGUGGGGCUUUCAGGUGCCAGAGUACGAAUCAAGCAAGCGUGCACCCCGACGGAAGUCUCCGGGAGCCAGUGAGGGUUACAACACGGCCCUCUGA